AUGGAAUCAAUAAAUGUUGUCAUCGAUGACACUAUCUCUGAAAAGGAUAUUGAUGAUGAUAGUGAUGAACCGAAUCUUAAGAAAAAUGAAGGUGAUGACAACAUGUCGCAAGGUGAGGAUGUUGAGAAAGAAUCACCGGAAAAGGAGUUUACACCUCCUAUAUCAAGAAGGGAAACCAGAUCAACUCAAGGACCGUCUAGUCCACUCACCCCUCCUGAAGUUCAACCUCCAAUCUCUCGUGAUGAGGAACCUUCCAUCUCUAAAAGACCAUCAUCAAGGGUAAUUCUCAAUCAUCCCUUAAGUAAUAUCAUUGGUGAAUUAGAUGAUGGAAUUCGGUUAAGAAAAGGACCUAUCUACAGUGCGAAUCAUGUGACAUACAACUGCUAUCUUGCUCAAUUUGAACCAAAGAAAGUGGAGGAAGCUUUGAAGGAUCAGAAUUGGGUAGAAUCCAUGCACCAAGAGUGCAUCAAUUUGUUAGAAAUGAUGUAUGGGAGUUGGUACCAAGGCCCAAGGAUACACAUGUAA